AUGGAUGGGCAUCCGCUUGCUUCGAUUCCUCCUCUUACACUCCAAGAGGAUGUCAACCGCCAUGAUAUCAACCCAGGCGACAUCGUCUCCAACUGGCUUGCGGCCCUAGACAAGCGACCCCAGAAUGGCCUGUCCACUGAUCUUCCAGAUCUGUUUAUUGAGGACUCCUGGUGGCGUGACUUUGUCGGCCUGUCAUGGGAUAUUGCGACAAAGCACGGCCUUGGUUCUAUUGGAGAAUACCUCAAUACCUCGACCACAGGCUUUGGCAAUCUGGAAGUCACCAAGGCUGGUGGUCUGCAGCCGGCUCUGGUCGAUAUGCAUGGCAUGAUCUGGGUUCAAGGCGGCUUCACGUUCAAGACAAGAGACGGUUCCGGUCAAGGCCUUGUUCGGCUGAUCAACGUCAGCAAGACCCAAUGGAAAGCCUGGACCGUGUUCACACAACUGGAGAGACUCAACAGCCAGGAUGAGAUCGAUAGACAGAGGCUGAGGCAAGAUUACACGCAGACCCGACUCUCGAAUGGUGUCAAUGGAGGGAAGGAGGAACCUCAAGUUUUGAUCAUUGGCGCAGGUCAAGCGGGCCUGACUCUCGCUGCACAACUUAAACACAUGGGCGUCAAGGCUCUUCUCGUCGACAGACUCCCUCGCCUAGGCGACUUCUGGCGGUCUCGCUAUGAGACGGUCCGUACCCACACCCCCAUCUACACCGACCAUUACCCGUUUCUGAAGUUCCCAACAACCUGGCCCCGCUGGCUUGAGCGAGACAAGAUCGCCGACUGGAUGGAGCACUACGGCCAAAUCAUGGGCCUCGACUACAUUCUCAGUACGACCGUCCAGAGCAUCGACUAUGAUGAAACCUCGCGUGUAUAUACCGUAGAGGUGGAAAACGCGGACGGGAAGCACACUUUCCGGCCCCGUCACCUGGUUCUCGCCACUGGUGUGUUCGCCAACACACCGAUCAUACCCGAAAUUCCCGGCAAAGAGACGUUCGGAGGCGAAGUCUACCACUCCAUGCACCACAAAGGGGCACGUCACGUCGGCCCUUCCCUGUCUCAAAAACGCAUCGUCAUCGUCGGCAGCGGCACCUCGGCCCACGACAUUGCGCAAGACUUUGUCAACAGUGGGGCCCAAGCCGUGUCCAUCGUCCAGCGCCAUGCUAUCUUCUCGCUUUCCGCCAAAGCGGCCGAGGACGCAUAUUUCUCACUCUGGACGCAGCCGGGCGUCAGCACUGAAGAGGCUGAUAUCAUUGCCAACUCGUUCCCCACUGCCGUGGUCCGAACGCUCAAUAUUGGCCAGACGGCCAUGAUGGAGGAGCACGACAAGGACCUCCUCGAGGGUCUGGAGAGGAUGGGCAUGCAAAUCAAGAAAAGCAAGAAGGCGGGGUAUGGGUUCAUUGAUCACUUGAUAGUCAGAACGGGACACUUCUACGUCGACCAAGGCGCGAGUCCCAUGAUCGUGGACGGCCGCAUCAAGAUCCAUCACUGCGAGGAGGGAGUCAAGGAGUUCGUGCCCGACGGUGUCGUGCUGGGUGACGGAAAGCAGGUGGACGCCGAUAUCGUGGUCCUGGCGACGGGAUACCACCGGAAUGUCCUGACCGUCAAAGAACUUAUGGGUGACAAGGUCGCUGACGUGGUUGGCGAUCUCGGAUACAUGGACAGCGAGCAGGAGAGGAUCGGCUGGUGGCGACCGACUGGAUGGCCGGGCUUGUGGUACAUGACAGGCAGCUUCGUCUGGUGCCGACAGUACUCGCCGGUCCUUGCUUUGCAGAUCACGGCCCUCGAGCAGGGACUCAAUCCGGAGUAUUGGGAGCAAAAGAAGAGGAACAACAAGGGGUUAGGAACAAUCCCGCGUUGA